AUGGGAGUCAAGAGAAUACCACUGACCCCCCUUCUCGAACUCCUCGAAGACCAACCUGGGAAGGAUAUGCAGGGAACACCACAACCCAAAGCUCCUUCCCCGCCACCUCGGCCUCUGACUAUCCAGACCAGGUCAUCUUCCACCAAGUCACAGCCACAAUCCCCCCAUCCCGCACUUCCUGCUCCCUCCCAACCAGCUCGGCUUCCUCGACCUGAAGGCACUGACCCAAAGAGAAAGAGGAGUCCCAAGGGUAAGGGAGUCAUGGACAGGGGAAAAUCCCAACCUCCCAAGGAGAAGGAGGAGGCCCCGCGUACCAAACAACUGAAAAUUGGACAUCAGAGCAAGGGCAAAGAAGCUGAAGCCCAAUCCAUCCAAGGCAAGGGAAAGGGGAUAGAGGCCGAGUCUCUGCCGAGUGCCUGGCUUCCUGCCCCAAUGAUUCACGGGGGUCCACUACUGGAAACGGCAUCCCUGAGGGACCUUGGAGAUGGCGAGGGUGGCUACGUGGCAAACGCGUUAGGGAGAACCAUGCUACUCCCUAACGACAUGGAUGAGCUGAGGAGAAUGAGGAUGCAGGAGGCUCUCCAAGCAACCUAUAGGAUGGAGGAAGAGGUGAAUAACAGGAGUAAGGCGGUCGAGAACGAACGCAAGAAGCGUAUAACGGCCUCGAAGACUCUCGAAGCCUCUGAGGAUGAACUUGCCAAGGUCAAGGCUGACUUAACAAUAACUAUCCGCGAGAGGGAUAACGUCUCGGCGGGCCUAGCUAGCGCCCAGAAACAGGCCCAGGACCAAACAAAGCGCGUACUUGAAGCCGAGGACCAGUUGCGAAUAGCCAAAGAUCUGAUCGAGGGUUUAAAUAAGCAACUGGCCGCGGCUGUUUGGGAAGAAGCAUUGAAGAGAGCCGGGGUGGACGCUUCAUCUGAUUUGUGGAAGCCGGAGAGCAUUUUCUACCCUAAGGCCAUCCGCGAGGCCACUUCCACCAGCUCCGUGGCUACGGAUGACCAACCCGAGGAAGAGGUCACCCCGCCGGAAGACUUACAGGCCAGCGUUUCUUCUAGCAAGGCGCCCAAAGAGGGAGAACUUCAGGACGUGAUAGUGAUAUCUCAGCACAUAGAUCCUGAGGCACCUAAAGAGGUUAUUGAGCCCGUGGUUGGCAUUCAGGUGUCUAGUACGGAGGAGCCAACCACACUUGCCCAGCCGCCACAGGCAAUUCCCCUUGCUGUGGUGCCCCGGAGUACCAGUGCUGACCCUGUUCAGCCUUCCUCAGAAGGGACCAUCCCCCCGGGCGUCGAAGCUGAUCCUGCUUCUUCCUCUCAGGACGUGACCGGCGAGAAAGUAAAAAAGUAG